UAAUUUUCAAUAAAUAUUUUUUAAAGUUAGAUCCACAAAUAACUGAAAUAUUUUUUGGAUUUGUUGUUGGCGGUUAUUCUUUAGUUCAAAUGGUAUUAACUCCUUUAGUUGGAAUUUGGGCAGAAAAAAUUGAACAAAUUAAAUUGCCUUUGUUAAUUACUAAUUUUUUUAUGCUGUUUGGAAAUAUUAUUUAUUUUUUCGUUGAAGUAUUUCCAAAUAAUUGGAUUAAAACUAUAUUUAUUAUUGCACGUUUAGUGUCUGGAAUUGGUCUAGCUCAAAAUAGUCUUUUAAUUUCUUAUGCAGCUUCAGCAAGUUUAGAUAAAGACAGAUCAACAGCUACAGCCUUUAUUACUGGCGGUAUAGCUUUUGGUGUUACAAUGGGACCAACAUUCCAAUAUUUAUUUACUUUUCUCGAUCCUGGCUUAUUUUUAUUUAACAAUUUAUAUUUAAAUUUAUUUACUGCCCCUGCUUUAUUUGCAAUAAUUAUGAAUUUAAUUUUACAUUUUAUUUUACAAUUUUAUUUUCAUGAAAGUUAUGUUGGGGUUUUAAUACAUAAAAGAAAUAAUAAAAAAGAUUUAAAUGGCAUUCCAAAUCAAAUAAACAAAGAACUACCUCCAUAUGAUCGUCUAGCUUUUGCUGUUUGUUGUGCAAUGAGAUUUACUCAAUAUUUGGUUUUUACAAAUUUAGAAACAAUUGGAAUUUCAUUUUCAAUGGCAAUGUUUGUAUGGUCAACUAAACAAGUAGUUAAUUAUGAAUCAAUUGCCCACACGGCGCGUGGAGCUUUAACUUUAUUUAUUUAUAUUUUUUAUAUUAUUUUUAAUUUAGGAAAAAGAUUAAAUGAAAGAAUUGUUUGUUUAUUUUCUUUAUUUCUUUUAAUAUUUUUUCAUUUAAUUACUUAUUCUUGGCCUUUUUACAAAGAUAAUGUUGUUACCUUUAAUUCAACAAAUUUAACAGAAGAAGGAUUAGGUUGUGAUAUAAUUAAUGAAUAUUGGUGUAAAGAUUUAAAACAAAUAAAUGUUUGGGUUUACUAUAUUUCUAUUUGUUUAUGUAUGGGAAUUGCUUUUCCAAAUAUAAAUGUAACAAUGAAUACUUUAUUUUCGAGAAUGAUUGGACCGAGAAUGCAGUCAAGAGAGCAGGGAAUUCUUGAAUUGUUUGGAGGCUUGGGGAGAAUGUUGGGGCCGACAUUAAUUGGGUUACUUUACCACAAUUACGGCCCUAGACCUGUUUGGAUUUUAGAAGGAACUGAAAUUUUAUUGAUGGCAUUAUUUUGGAUAUUUUUUUGGAAAAGACUUGUUCCAUUGAAAAUUCCAGAAGAAUUUAAUGAAAAUAAAAAUAAUUGUUGA